UUUUUUUUUUCUGUUUAAACCACAUUUGACAUGAUGAAUUUCCUUGGCUUUAGUUUCGGUAAAAAAGGAAAUAAAACCUCCAAGCACAAAUCAGCAGGAUCGUCAUCAUCAUCUUUAAACACAACCCAUAGUCAUCAUGGAUCUAGCAUGUCCUCUAAACCUUUAUACUUGUCUAAUCCUCAUGUUAACAAUAUGCUCGUCAGAGGCAAUUUUAAAACCAUUGUCGAAUUACCAAAAUAUGUGGACCUAAACGAAUGGUUGGCAUUUAACACUUUUGAAUUCUUCAAUCACAUUAACCUCUUUUACGGAUCAAUGACCAAUUUUUGUACGUCUCAGACAUGUCCAACCAUGUCUGCCGGCCCAGGCGUGGAAUAUACAUGGUCAGAUUCAUUAUCAAAAAAAGUCAAACUCCCCGCACCUCAGUAUAUCGAUUAUAUGACCACCAGUAUACAAAACAUCUUGAACGAUGAAACCAUAUUCCCCACCAAAGCAGGCCCAGAUUUCCCUCGUGAAUUACCUUCUGUGGUAAAAAAAAUGUUUAGUCAGUUAUUUAGGUUAUUUGCACACAUCUAUCAUGACCAUUAUGAUAAAGUGUUGGCCCUUAACGAAGAACCUCAUUUCAAUUCACUGUUUGCUCAUUUCAUUUCGUUUGCUCGCGAAUUUGAUUUAUUAGAAAAAAAGGAAGUACAACCCUUGGCUGAAUUAAUCGACUCGAUGUUGAAAAAUGGUGUUAUUUCCUAAAUAAAUAGUCUCUCUCAAUUUUUUUUUUUUUUUUAUUGAAAAAAAAGAAGAAAUAGGUUUAUUAUGAACUGUACAAAA